AUGCACGGCCAGUGGAACCUCCAUGACGAAGCCGCCUUGGCGGCGGCACUGUUGAAGCCGAAACGCAAGCCAAUGUCGUCAGAACCUCUAGCCCUGUGGAAUGGCACCACCUCGUCUUCUUUAGCACCCGCGCCGCGGGCGACGCACACAGAGUCGUCUCCCCAAGAUACCAAGCCCAAUGACGCAAAGGCUGAUGCAUCAUCAUCUUCGUCAGCUUCUACGCCGCCCAACAAAGAUCUGGACAAAAUGGACUGCAGGGUCGUCGGUGGCAACCAGGAGACUGUCAUGAUGGACGAAGCCGUCGUCGAAGUGAAGACCAAGCCUAAUGACCCAAGGGAUGAGCAGGAGGAGACCGAAGAUGAGCAGGAGGAGACCGCGGCUGAGCAGCAGGAGCAGGACAUGCCCCAAGAUGAGCAGCAGGAGCAGGUCAUGCCCGAAUAUGCCCCGUGGAUUCCACUCGCAGACAAAUGUGGGAGCUUUGCAUUGCACAGUUUGAAUCGCAAUGUUUGGCUUCUAUGCGCACGGCGCUGUUUCGAAAAGGAUUUGGCGGCGGCGCUGGACGGAGAUCACACAGGCAACAUCAGCAUUGAGGAGCUCCUCUCUUUCAUCGAACGCGGCAGUGCGACCUUCUUCCGUGACACAUCGUCCACCAAGGAGACAUCGCAGAUGGAGGACAGCAGUGUGCGCGACCAGGAAGUUCCGAAAUCUCGGGACAGCACCCACAGCGAUGACGACGACGACACCGACGCAUCUGAGAAGAAGGCACCUGCUGCCGCUCCUCGACCGUCCAAGAGCGUCUUGGCCUCCACCCGGGAGCCAUACAAUCGCUUCGUCUACCGGCCCCUGACCCCACCUCAAGGAGGAAGCCUCAUUACCAUGAGCCCGCUUUCUUCUCGAGAGCACCGGGCUCGCAAAGCGAGCCUGGUUAGCCGGCCAAAGGAGCCGCAGCGCAGGGGAGAACCCCGGAAAAAAGACGCGGAGCCGGAGAAGGCCUCCGAGAGCAAGGGGGCGGCAAAGACGGCGACGCCUGUGGCGCUUCACACCGGCG